AUGACUGUGGUGUCCCAGGAGAACCACGACGAGAGUGUGGCCAUUACUCCUUUGUUGCAAGAUGCUGCUGAUUUGGAACCAGCGGACCAGGAGUGCAGCGAGAGGGUGGUCAUCAACAUCUCAGGCCUGCGCUUUGAGACGCAGUUAAAGACCCUCUCCCGGUUCCCGACCACGCUUUUGGGAGACCCGCGUAAAAGGAUGCGUUUCUUUGACCCGCUGAGAAAUGAAUACUUCUUUGACAGGAACAGGCCGAGCUUCGAUGCCAUUCUCUAUUAUUACCAGUCAGGAGGGCGGCUUCGGAGGCCCGUGAGUGUACCGGUGGAUAUUUUCUUGGAAGAAAUAAAGUUUUAUGAACUUGAGGAAGAGGCCAUAGAGCUUUUCCGAGAAGAUGAGGGCUUGGCGAGGGAAGAGGACCGCCCGCUGCCCACCAACGAAUUUCAACGCCAGUUGUGGCUCCUGUUUGAGUAUCCAGAGAGUUCAGGACCUGCGCGGAUGAUUGCCAUUGUGUCCGUUAUGGUUAUUUUGAUAUCCAUUGUUAUAUUCUGCUUGGAGACGCUACCCGAGUUUAGAGAAGUCCCUCCAGUGCUGGACAACCAGAUCAAUGGAAGCGCUCAUGGCAAAGCGCCCAGCCCUUUCACAGAUCCGUUUUUCAUGGUGGAGACACUUUGCAUUGUGUGGUUCUCUUUUGAAUUCACCAUGAGGUUUCUCUCGUGUCCCAGCAAAGCAGCUUUCUUCAAAAACAUCAUGAACCUGAUCGAUGUUGUGGCUAUAGCUCCAUAUUUCAUCACCCUGGGCCUUGAUCUUGCAGAGCAUCAGGGCAGCAGUCAGCAGGCUGCGUCUCUGGCCAUACUCAGGGUCAUCCGUCUGGUCCGUGUUUUCAGGAUUUUUAAACUCUCCAGGCACUCCAAGGGUCUCCAGAUUCUCGGCCAAACGCUUCACGCAAGCCUCAGGGAGCUGGGACUGCUCAUAUUCUUCCUGCUAAUCGGAGUGGUUUUAUUCUCCAGUUCAGUUUAUUUUGCGGAAGCAGAAGACCCCGAGUCUGGAUUUUCAAGUAUACCUGAUGCGUUUUGGUGGGCUGUGGUGACAAUGACCACAGUUGGUUAUGGAGACAUGUGUCCCUCCACCAUUUGGGGAAAAUUCGUUGGAUCUUUGUGCGCCAUCGCCGGAGUACUCACCAUAGCUUUGCCGGUUCCUGUUAUAGUGUCGAAUUUCAAUUAUUUCUACCACAGAGAGAACGACGAGGAGGAAAAUAUUCAGUACGUGCACGUGACCUGUGGGCACCAGGAACAACCCUCCUUUGAUGAAUGUGAUUCAAAGAGAAGUAACCAGUCGCUCUCCAAAACGGAGUCCUAUCAGGAAAGCGACGACCUGGAAGCUCUGACAUAUCCAAACAUUAACCCACUGGACACAUACACGGGGAAACUGACAGAUGUAUGA